GUUUUCUCCAGUUUAAUUGAUAUCGUUGUAUAUACCGUUUUUGGCAAGCAGUGUACUGGGUUUAUUGUGUUGUACAUUUGAUUGUACAUUCUAUUAUUUUGCUUUCUGACAGCACCCUUUGAUUUCGAUUGAUGGUAUUUGAUGAUACUUAAUUGAGUACCGGAUAUGUCUAAUAAUAAUUCUGCUAGUCAUGCUGCUGCUUUGGCUGCUUUCAAAGGUCUAGGUAACAAAAAGGAUGAGUCCACAGCUCCAACCAGUCGGGUGCCAUCAAGAACUAGCACGAUGACUUCGAUUAAACCACCCCAGCAUACUCAGAAACCCCAACUCCAUCUUAGUACCGGUAAAUCAUACUCGACAUCUACCGUGCCCAAGGUUAAGAAAUCUCCGGUGACUCCAACGCUAACGGCGAUCCAUACCCCAACGGGACAGGGCCGAAUUCAUCACCCUCCAACCAGAACUGCUAGUCAAAGCAGUCAUUUACCACAACAAAAGCCUAGUCAAGAAUCUCCAAGUAAACUAAGUAUAGUGACUAAACCAAGCAAGGAAACUGUAACGAGUCCUAACGCCGGAGCUGGAGCUGCUGCUGCUGUAAAAGCACUCUCGCUUGAAACACCUCCAAAAUCAAGUAAGAGUAAUAGGAAUUCUUAUAACUCUAUAGACUCUGAUAUUAUAUCACCUUUAGCAGUAAAACCAAAUGGUGAUUAUUUCAGUAUGCCAAGGUCGAACACCUUGACAACAAAGAAUACUAUUACGAACGAUCCUAAACUGUCACCAGAAACGUCUCGAGGAAUUAAAAACUCUCCUGGUAGUGUUAGAAGACUACAUUCCAAUACCCAACCUCAAGAUAUGUUGAAUCAAGUAAGAAAUUCCAUUAUAUCUAAAACGAAGACAUCUUCAGCCGUUGAAUUGACCGAGAAAAAUCUGGCUGCAAUCAAUGAAAUAAGACAAAGUAUUAAUCUGAAAAGAGUCUCUACUCAUAACACAUCCAGCAAUCUCAUGCUCCCAUACCAUGAAGAUGAUGAUGAUGCCGAUGAUGAUCGUAGGAGAUCUGUUCCGUCCUUUGUUUCUCAAAGUAGUGGAGAUCUUUCGGCGCCUGCUGGUCGUAUGAUUUAUGAUAAAGAGAUUUUCCAUAAUUCCUAUUCUUCUUUAGGCUCCACUUUACUGGAAGCUGAUAGUUAUAAUGGACAUUCACCAACUACACCAGUAAUUGUUUUGAAUAAUACAAGUGAAAAGCAAGAAAAGAAAAGACCCUCGCAAAUAUUAGGAUCUAAGAUCCGUAAAACCAAAGAUAAUAUUAAAUCAAUCAGUCCUAAUCAAAAAAGAAAAUCAAAGCUGAAAAAUAAUACCGAAAAUGCAGACCCUAGCAAUAAUUAUGACAAUAAUGAUGAUGACGAUGACGAUGAUGAUGAUGAUAAUGAUAACGCAGAUGGCUCUGACUAUGAAGACGAAUGCGAUGACGAUGAUGAUGAUGACGAUGAUGAUAUACAGGUUAAUAAAUCAAGAAACAUAUCACCCAUUGCGAUCCCUCCUUCUCAAAAUGCAUAUGCUAGAAGUCUUGGAGCAAACACUGGUAGUAUGGAAAGCCUUAGACAUAGUUCAAACCCUAGUUUAUCAGCCUAUGCUAGUGGUGAAGAACGUGUUGGAAGUAAGGUAGGCAUUAGUCUGAGUGACUUAAAUAACGCCAAGGCUAAACCAAAGAGGAAGCCACCACCAGGAGUAUUCAGGUCAGAAAGCAAUGAAGCCGAUGCUGAUAACUUAUAUAUAUCUGAUGAAUCGAACAGUCUCAAACCAAUUAAUAGAAGUAAGAAGAAUUCUGGGUCCGGAUCAUCAGUGAAUUCAACCUAUGAAUCGAAUUUUGCAACUGAUCAUCCUACAUUUGGUAUCCGAGAUCAUACUACAAAUGAGUUAACUUCGAAUACUUCGGGUAGUAUGGUUAACUUAAGUGGACCUGCGGAUUCUUAUUAUACUGAUGGAGAAAUUAGUGAAAUGGAAAAACUGAGAGUUAAUAGCACUAGAUCAGGCUCGGGUGGUGGAAUAGGAAAGUUCCCCCAAUUCCCAGAUAUAGACCAUAAAUCCAAUGCGAGAAAACAUACAGAACACAAGCAUAAUAUAUUCAAAAAGAAAUAUAAAAUAAAAGGGGUUGAUAGCACGGUGAAUUUACUUGAACUGGAUGAUUCUGAUUCUCAUGAAACAUCUGCUGAUCCAUUAUCAAGAAGUAAUGUGAAUCUUUCUGCCCCUUCGAGGUCUGGUACCCCUGGAAUCAGUCAUCUUCAACAACCAGUUCAAUUGAAAACAACCAUGAGAAAAACCAACAAACGUAAAGAAAAGAAAAUGGCUUUCAAUGAAGACAAACCUUGGAAAAAUCAUAAUGAGUUGCGUUAUGUAACCGAACAAGAACGUAAACGAUAUGAAGGGGUUUGGGUUAGUAAUAAAGGACUAUACAUGAAUUUUGUUGUUACAAGAUUGAUGGGAGUUGAUUAUACAAAACAACCUCAGGAUAAAGAGAAAUUCGGACUAACCGAAGAAGAGGCCUCCACCAAAGCUGCAAGGCUUUCUUCUAAAGCCACCACCAACUUGGAAGGUGCUACUAUUGCUGAUUAUCAAAAACUACACGACUUAGUAAAUAUUGAUAUCAAUCAAUUGAUCCACGGAGUGGUGGUGAAACGUAUAUGGAAAAGAAGCCGUUUGUCCAAUGAAACUCUCGAAGCCAUCUGGAACUUGGUGGAUUUCCGUCAAGACGGAAGCUUGAAUAAAGCUGAAUUUCUCGUGGGUAUGUGGUUGGUAGAUCAGUGUUUGUAUGGACGAAAACUUCCGAAAAAAGUAGACGACGUGGUCUGGGAAAGUCUCGGAAACAUUGGUAUCAACGUUCAAAUCAAAAAGAAGGGCCGUCGAUAGUAUAGUAAUACCUUAUUUAUUAUCUUCAAAUAGAAAUUCAUGUUU